AUGAAGUUUAGGAACCACCAGUACUCCGUCAUGUUCAGAAAAACAUUAUGGCAACAAGCCCGGAUUUCGGCUCGUACAGCCCGGCCAGUGACGCCUGUGCGUUUCUCAUCCAUUAUUUCUGUGCAUAGAAACACCAAGGUUGACAAUCCUGAUAUUCCUUUUGAGUUCAAUGCAGACAACUUGAAAAGGGCCAAGGAAAUCAUUGCCAAAUACCCACCACAAUACAAGAAGGCAGCAGUCAUGCCACUUUUGGACUUGGGUCAAAGGCAGCACGGAUUCACUGCCAUUUCGGUCAUGAACUACGUAGCUAAAAUGUUGGAUAUGCCUCCUAUGAGAGUCUACGAAGUGGCUACAUUCUAUACCAUGUACAACAGAAAGCCAAUGGGCAAGUACCAUCUUCAAGUUUGCACUACUACGCCAUGCCAAUUGUGUGGCAGUGAUGAGGUUAUGGACGCUAUAAAGAACCAUCUUAAAAUAAAGCCUGGUCAAACCACCCCAGACAAUUUGUUCACAUUAGAGGAAGUCGAAUGCUUGGGAGCUUGUGUCAAUGGACCUAUGAUGGGAGUGAACGACGACUACGCCGAGGACUUGACCGGUGAGAAGACCGUUGAGCUCUUGAAGAACUUGCAAGAGGGUAAACCAAUGCAUGUUGGACCUGUUUCAGGAAGAGAUUCUUGCGAGCCAUUUUCGGGACCCAAAGUGUUGUUGAGCAAGGAACCCCACGAUAUCAGAAAGGUCACUCGUAGUGACUUGUAG